AUGGCAGGAGUGGAGAGCUGUGCACCCAGAAAUGACCACCUCUUUGGCGAGGUGCAGCACGAGUGCUUGGGCAGGCAGCCUGUGUACCCUGAGGAGUCGCCCCAGGCUCACUGGCAUCUGGACACCAUGAUGAUGGAGAAAAAGAAGAUGGAGAACACAGCCAUUCCACAGGACCUGAAAACCAGGAUAGCCAUGGAACCAUGCCUGGAAGAGCAGUACUGGGACACGCUGUUGACAAAGUGUGUCCCUUGCAAGUCUUUCUGCAGCCAUCAGAUUCCACGCACCUGUGCAGACUUCUGCAAUUCCCUCAGUUGCCAAAAGGAGCAAGGCCAGUACUACGACCAGCUGCUGAAGAACUGUGUCAGCUGCGCCUCCAUCUGUGGCCGCCACCCCACGCAGUGCACCGACUUCUGUGGCAAAUUCAGGAAUACUGAGAACUUUCCUCUCGAGGUCAGGAGGCAGUGGACUGAAGAGGCUGGGGUCAGGUCCAGAAACCUGGGACGAAACCAGGGACCAGAGCACAGAGGCUCAGAGACAGGUCAAGCACCCCCAGGGCUGAAGCUCAGUGCAGAGGAUCUGGUCCUGGUCUACAGUAUCCUGGGGCUCUGCCUCUGCGCCAUCGUUUGCUGCUUCCUGCUAGCCUUGGCCUGUUUCCUCAAGAGGAGAAGAGCCCAGUUCACUUGCCCAUCACAGCCAGAGCCUUGCCAGAUAGGGGCCACAACCUCCAAUGAUCACUGGAUGGAAGCCGGGAGCGCUGCGGGGCCGCCAGUGCCGGUGGAGACGUGCGGAUUCUGCUUCUCCGAGCGCAGGGCCCCCACCCAGGAGAGCGCCGGGGCGCCCAGCACCCUCGGCCUGGAGCGCGCGGUGUCCUGCACCCUCUCCGGGAACGGCGGCCUCCAAGGGGGGCGCGCAGAAGGGCAGGACGGGCGCCCCGCGUGA